AUGACUCAGAUCGUCAAUGUUCCUCCUGUAUCCGACCUCGAGAAUCCACAAGAGAAGGGCACUAGCCAUGAUGCAUCUUUGGCCGAAGACGAGAAGAAGUAUGACGCCACACCUGCUUACAGGCAAGAUGCUUUUGGCGAUGAGUCGAAUGCGGAGGUCAAAUAUAAAGUCAUGAAGUGGUGCAUUAUUUCCGCGGUGAUCAUUUGUAUGAUCGGCGUAAUUAUAAAGCAUCCGGGUGGAAAGGUCAUGGCAACUGUCGACACGGACUUGGUUCAUGGGUUCUCUGCCGUCACUAACAUCGUCUUUGCUUUCUCCGGGCACGCAGCCUAUUUCGGUCUCAUGGCCGAAUUGAAAGAUCCUCGCGACUUCCCCAAGGCCCUGAUGCUGCUGCAGAGCGUCGAUGUCUGCCUUUACAUCAUCGCCGCCAUCGUCAUCUACGUCUACGGCGGUGACGCGAUUUCUUCACCAGCACUAGGGUCCGCGGAUCCGAUAGUCUCCAAGGUUGCCUACGGCAUCGCCUUGCCUACUAUCAUCAUCGCCGGCGUCAUUAACGGCCACGUUGCUAUUAAAUACGUCUACAUCCGCAUCUUCGCCGGCAAAAAAGAGCGGAUCCACAAAAGGGACUGGGUGGCCGUGAGCUCCUGGGUCGCCAUCGCGCUCUCCCUCUGGACCGUCGCCUGGAUCAUCGCCGAAGCCAUUCCGGUCUUCAGCAACCUGUUGAGCUUGAUCACUGCCCUCUUCGCCUCAUGGUUCACCUACGGGCUCAGCGGUAUUUUCUGGCUCUACCUCAACUGGGGCAAGUACUUGUCCUCCCCGCGCAAGAUGUUCCUGACAGUCGUCAAUCUCUUCUGCCUGGUCUUUGGCGCCGUGCUCUGUGGUCUGGGCUUGUACGUCUCCGGAAAGGCGAUCCAUGAUAACCCCAGCAGCGCGAGCUUCUCGUGCGCUAAUAAUGCUUAA